ACGGCUACUGGCAACAUCUAGAAAAAAUAAGAUUUAAAUUUAUUUUGAUUUACUUGAAAAGAGAAUUCCAAAAGAUCAUCCGAAAAUGAAUCCUAAUUCGCACAUGUGUGUGCCGCUCUUUCUUCUCUUCGCGUUGAUCCUGGCCUCUAUUUGGGGUUUUUUCAAUCGGGAGGAAUUGUUUGACGCUUACCGUAAGCAGUUGCACGGGGAGGCAAAACAUGGGAAAAUUAGUCGCCUUGAUUUUAUAAAUAUGUUUGCACAGCUCAAUGAACCUUUCAGUGCAGAUACUGCAGCAGUGCAGCCGUUGCAGCUUGCAGCUGCCAAAAAUAUUUCCAUGGGGAACGUUACAACCAUUCAGAAUUUGACCCAGAUUACGGACCUGGAGGACAAGGAUGAGGACGAGGACGUACUUGUGCUGGAAGAUUACCAGCAGGAGGACGAGGACGACGACGAUGAACCACAAGCAACCGGAUCGACUGAGAACCCUUUGAUUGACCUGCCAGAAGUUGUGCAACUGAUUCAGCUACCCAUGUCCACCGAUUCGAACUUGAAGCGUGAGUUUGCCAGCGAUAAUGCCAAUCCCUACAUAGAGGGCAUCAAUGAGCAUUUGGAACUAUUUUGCCACUAACCGAACUCCCCCCCGAUGACGACCCCACACAUAUAUUUUGUAAACACUUCAAAUGCGACGACCUUCAGCGAAUAAUAAUUGAAAUAAAGUAAGAGCAAUCUA